AUGGGAAAGCGCGUUCUUGUUGGAUAUGGCAUCGACGUCGAUGCGGUCAGUGGCUGGAUCAACACUGAAGAUGGCCACACACCUGAUUUUACUGACAUCUCGCGUGGCAUCUUUGUGGCCACCGUUGGAAUUGAUCGACUUCUGAAAUUGUGGGAGAAGUACAACAUCAAAACUUCGUGCGGCCUGCAUGGAUAUACACAUGAGCAUGUAGAUAUGUUGACGGAACAACAAGAACGUGACAUUCUUGCAAAAUCAAUACAGGUGGUCACUGCACUCACUGGAAAGCACCCGAAAGGAUGGACUGCACCUUCUUGGAGAACUUCGAGCCGCAGCAUCAAAUUGCUGGAAGAGUUCGGUCUUGAAUAUGACCAUUCAUUCAUGCAUCAUGAUUCCCAGCUCUACUAUGUUCCCUACUGCUCAGAAGGAUUGGUUGCCACCGAUUUGUCGAAGUCUGCUGAGCAGUGGAUGAAGCCAAUGGGAAAGCUCAACUCCAGUACAAUUGUUGAGGUCCCUGCCAAUUGGCACCUAGAUGACUGGCCGCCAUUUCAGCUUACUGAGGGUCCCUCUCAUGGAUACGUUGAUCCGGAUGUCAUCGAGAGACUUUGGAAAGCCCAAUUUGACUUCCUGUAUCGGGAGUACGACACAUUUGUUUUUCCGAUAUCAAUUCAUCCUCAAGUCAGCGGAAAGCCACAAGUCAUUAUGCUUCAUGAGAGGUUGAUUGAAUACAUCAACUCACAUGAAGGUGUGGAGUGGUGUACAUUUGCACAGAUGGUAGAUGAGUUCAAGGCCGGGAGGAUCGGAGGUGCCCAGGUGGAGGGUGGAGCUGAAUAA